AUGCCGGCCGGAAUGGGUUUCGCCGCCGAUCCGGCACUUUUGCCACGUGUCCAAGAGCACAUCCGCAACUAUCCGGGCACGAAAUAUUUCAAGCCCGAACUCGUCGUCUACGAUUUACAGCAGAAAUAUCCGUACGUCUGGAAUGGCUAGAAAAUCAAAAAAAAAACGUUUGACUCACUUGCAAUCAUCUGAUCGGACCCAAACUUUACAGGUUUCUUGAACUUGGACUGAAGUAUAUUGGGUCCAAGUUUCAGACCGAUCGGAUCAUCUGGUCCCGAGAUAUGUGGAUCAUUGGUAGAAAGCUCGGGUUUUCCGGCCCUCCCGCACUGAAUCUCGAUAGUAAAUAAUCCGAUCGGUCUGAAACUUGGACCCAAUGUACUUCAAUUAAUGCCCGAGAAGCCUGCAAAGUUUGGUUCCAAUGGGCCAAAAGUACAGGACAAGGACCGGCCAAUUGCCCAGCCCUGGAAAAAUUCGAUGAACAGGGGAGAAAUCGUAAAAAUCUGAUGAGGUUGAUACGGAACAACGUCGAGAGCAUCCCGAAAUGGAACUGACCAGAAUAGAAGUGCCUCAGAAUUUGGCAGUUCCAUUUCGGGAUGCUUCUCCCCGUAUACUGGUUUUUUCCUGUUUACUUUUUUGCUCUUCCAAACAUUCACUAGAUUCAAAAUUUUUCAAAGUGUCCCCAAAUUGCAGAGAAUAUCAGCGAAAGAACCACAAAGUGCUGAUGGGAAUGGUGCGUGAGGCGCUGGAAAGAAUCCAAUUGGUUGCGAAAGAAGAGGAGAAACUGGAGGAAGAGGGAGAGAAGGAGGCGAUGGACGACGUGCAGGAGGUCAUCCCCCUCACGUCGCCCAGGAAAACGUUCGAGACGAGGAAGAGGAAGGCGCCCGCCAGAAAGAGCAUCGGGUUAGUUACAUAAAUUUUUUGGGUUGAGCGCCGCUUUUUUAUGGUUGGAAAAAUGUUUUGGCGUUUCUCAAACAUUGCGCACCUAUGGUUAGUUACUGGGAACGAAUUUAUGAGAAGAAUGUAUGAUUUUAGGCGAACUGUAAGUAAAAAUUGCAAAAUUUCGUCAAAUUACAGAUCUCUAUCGGUGAAAGAAGUGGUGAUCAGCGACGAGAGCGACGCGGAGCACGAGAGAGCGGCCAGGCAGUUGGAGGCGAGUGUGAAGCCGACGAACCGAGCGAACAAGUCCAUUCUCAACUUGUAUUCCUUGAAUUCCCACCGCAGAGCGGGUACGAAGCCGUCGAACGAGAAGCGCAGCACAACGAGUCAGCUUAAGAGAAGGGAUUCGACGCCUUCCCGAACUCCCGCGGCUUCCGGAGCUCCCGCAGCACUGCCACGUGGCCUUGGAGCAGUUUCCGACGCGCCGACGCCCCGAGAAUCCCAUGUGAAAUUUGCGGACAUUGGCGGCGCGGACCGUCAGUUUCUCGAGGUGUGCCGGCUGGCGAUGCACCUGAAACGGCCGAAGACGUUCUCGCUGCUCGGCGUCGAUCCGCCGCGUGGAUUCAUCGUGCACGGACCGCCCGGGUGCGGAAAGACGCUGUUCGCGCAGGCGGUCGCCGGCGAACUCGGCAUUCCGAUGCUCCAGCUGGCGGCCACCGAACUCGUGUCCGGGGUGUCGGGUGAGACGGAGGAGAAGAUUCGGAGAUUGUUCGACACGGCCAAGCAGCACAGUCCGUGCAUCCUCAUCCUCGACGACAUUGACGCGAUCGCGCCGAGAAGGGAGACGGCGCAGAGGGAAAUGGAGAGACGCGUCGUCAGCCAGCUGUGCAGCUCCUUGGACGGUACGCAAAAGCUAACAAAUGAGCACCCGCUCAAAAUACUAAUUGUAUUUACGUGCUUUAUCAUUUCCGACACUAAAAAAUCGCCCAAAUUUUGCAGAACUGGUGCUUCCGCCACGCGAGAAACCGCUCAAAGAUCAGCUGACGUUCGGCGACGACGGCAGCGUCGGAAUUCUCAACGACAACGCCACUUCCACGUCUUCUUUCUCUUCGGGCGUCCUCGUAAUCGGCACGACUUCGCGUCCGGACGCCGUCGACGGAGGACUGCGACGGGCGGGACGCUUCGAGAACGAGAUCUCGCUGGGCAUUCCCGACGAGACGGCGAGAGUCAAGAUUUUGGAGAAAAUUUGCAGGUUUCUGAAGGGGUUUCGGGGUUCUCUUCGCUGCAGAAAUUUCUUUUUUAUCUACGCAUGCAAUAUCAUUAGAAAUGGUCUCCACGGAAAAGAACGAUACCUUUUGAAGGUUACCACACGCUUCUAUCGUUUUUUUUGGCGUAUCGCAAUCUUUUCGAUUUCAGAGUGAACCUGGCCGACGACGUCUCUCUCAAACAGAUCGCCAAACUGACACCCGGAUACGUGGGCGCCGACCUUCAAGCACUGAUCCGCGAGGCCGCAAAAGUGGCCAUCGACCGCGUGUUCGACACAAUCGUCGUCAAAAACGAAGGCGAGAAGAGUCUGACGACGGAGCAGAUCCGCGAGGAACUGGAGAGAGUGCUCGCGUGGCUCCAGGGAGAAGACGAUCCGAGCACACUGUCGGGCCUCGACGGCGGGCUCCGCAUCUCGUUCGGCGACUUUGAGCGGGCGCUGAGCACGAUCCAGCCGGCCGCGAAAAGGGAGGGCUUCGCGACGGUGCCCGACGUCUCUUGGGACGACAUCGGAGCACUGGGGGAGGUGCGGAAACAGCUCGAGUGGAGCAUCCUUUACCCGAUCAAAAGGGCCGACGACUUUGCGGCUCUUGGAAUCGACUCGCGACCACAGGGAAUCUUGCUCUGCGGACCGCCCGGAUGCGGAAAAACACUGCUCGCGAAGGCGGUCGCCAACGAGACGGGCAUGAACUUCAUUUCUGUGAAGGGUCCCGAACUGCUGAACAUGUACGUCGGAGAGUCGGAACGCGCAGUGCGGACCGUCUUCCAGAGGGCCCGCGACUCGCAGCCCUGUGUUAUUUUCUUCGACGAGAUCGACGCGUUGUGCCCGAAAAGAUCUCACGGAGAGAGCUCGGGAGGCGCCCGGCUCGUCAAUCAGUUGCUCACGGAGAUGGACGGAGUCGAGGGACGACAAAAGGUCUUUCUGAUCGGAGCCACCAAUCGACCAGGUUAGUAGCAGCGAGAAAAAUCAAACUGUCAGUGGAAAAUUCCGCUUAAGCGCAGUUUUCCUGCCUAAAAACUGUUGACCUAAUCGAGAGAAGCAAAAAAGAUUCGCACCGGACGGGAUUCGAACCCGCGAGGUCUUACGACCAUAGGAGGACCCUACGCUCCUACGCCUUAACCACUCGGCCACCGGUGCACGGGACUGAAUUGGACACUUCCCACUCAUCCUCCAACUUCUAGGGACCAUUUACAACCAGAAACCGUAAUAAAACCACUUGUAUUUGUAUUCAAUAGUGGUUUUACAACUUUUACUAGUUGUAAAUGGUCCCUAGCAGUUGGAGGAUGAGUGGAAAGUGUCCAAUUCAGUCCCGUGCACCGGUGGCCGAGUGGUUAAGGCGUAGGAGCGUAGGGUCCUCCUAUGGUCGUAAGACCUCGCGGGUUCGAAUCCCGUCCGGUGCGAAUUUUUUUUGCUUCUCUCGAUUAGGCCAACAGUUUUUAGGGCUGGAAAUAUGAAUUUCAGAGCUUUUUCAAAUAGAAAACGUUGAAAAUUGAUGAUUUUCAGACAAAAGCGCGUUUCCAGACAGUUGUCAUAUUGUUUUCUCUCAAACUUGCCCCGAACUAACAUAAAACGGAGUAAGAUCCUGGCACUCUUCCACGCCCAACUCGAUCACUUCCACCUCAUUUUCGCUGUCACUUUCCAGCUCGAUCUCCUUGAAAUUCACUUUCAAAUCGUUCGAUACUGCAGUUUCUUUCAGAUUUUUCAAAUUCGUGGGUCUUUUUUCCACUAAAUGCGGUGAUUUUCGGGCGAGCGAGCUCUGAGCGAGAUGAUCGUAACGGAGCGCUCGGUAGGCGAUCGACUUGUACUGGGCGUUGUGACGCCGCGAGUUUCCUUCCAUAAGAAUCGUCUGCGAAAUCAGCUGGUUACGCUCCAGGCCUAAUCGAGAGAAGCAAAAAAGAUUCGCACCGGACGGGAUUCGAACCCGCGAGGUCUUACGACCAUAGGAGAGCCCUACGCUCCUACGCCUUAACCACUCGGCCACCGGUGCACAGGACUGAAUUGGACACUUCCCACUCAUCCUCCAACUUCUAGGGACCAUUUACAACCAGAAACCGUAAUAAAACCACUUGUAUUUGUAUUCAAUAGUGGUUUUACAACUUUUACUAGUUGUAAAUGGUCCCUAGCAGUUGGAGGAUGAGUGGAAAGUGUCCAAUUCAGUCCUGUGCACCGGUGGCCGAGUGGUUAAGGCGUAGGAGCGUAGGGCUCUCCUAUGGUCGUAAGACCUCGCGGGUUCGAAUCCCGUCCGGUGCGAAUCUUUUUUGCUUCUCUCGAUCAGGGUGAGCUCCCGAGACUGAAUUCCCGAGAAUUGCCGGAAAAAGUGAUGAGAGUACUUCCCGGGAAGCGCUUUCCCGAGAAGUGUGAAGACUUCUCGUUCUCGGGAACGAGAAGUCUCGAGACUUCUCGUUCCCGAGAACGAGAAGUCUCGAUACUUCUCGCUACCAAGACUUCCCGAGAACGAGAAGUCUCGAUACUUCUCGCUACCAAGACUUCUCGGGAACGAGAAGUAUCGAUACUUCUCGUUCCGGGGAACGAGAAGUCUCGAUACUUCCCGGGAACGAGAAGUAGACGAAAGUCCUCAUUCACGAAAAAAAAUCCACCCUCUGGCCACAAAACAGAGCGGCGGCCCCGAGAGACUCUGUGCAGACCUAGAUUGUGAUGAAAACCGAUUUUUUGCGGACGAGGUGUUGGGAAAACAUUCAUGGAAGAACUGUCUACUUUUUAAAAACGAUUCAAUUCUCAAACUUGUUGUCCACGAGAAGUACACAGCUUCGUGGCCGGGGAAAUUCCUCGGCCGCGCUCCUCAAAACGUUCCUGGGGGAAGUAUGAGAGCUGAGAACAGUUCUUAUAAGUGUAGACUUGUAAAACAUGUAUCAUUUAUUGCACAAAAAAUUGGUCACGUUCGUUCACAGGUCUCGGCAUUUCUCGUUCACAAGAAGUCUCGUUCUCGACACCAAGACUUGACAAGAACGAGAAGUCUCGAGACUUCUCGUUCCCGAGAAGUCUUGGUAGCGAGAAGUAUCGAGACUUCUCGUUCUCGGGAAGUCUUGGUAGCGAGAAGUCUCGAGACUUCUCGUUCUCGGGAACGAGAAGUCUCGAGACUUCUCGGGAACGACGCUUCUCGAGAAGUUCUCGCAUCACUUUUCCCGGCAAUUCCCGGGACUUCAGUCUCGGGAGCUCACCCUGCUCUCGAUUAGGCCAACAGUUUUUAGGCACGAAAUAUGAGUUUCAGAGCAGUUUCCAGCUGGACUAGCUGGAAAUUAUUUCUUGUUUGAUAUUUAAUAACCAUAAACCGCCCGAUUGCAGACAUUGUGGACGCGGCGAUCCUCCGUCCGGGCCGUCUCGACAAGAUCCUGUUCGUCGACUUUCCGUCCGUCGAGGACCGAGUGGACAUUCUCAGAAAGAGCACCAAAAACGGGACACGCCCCCUUUUGGACAAGGACAUUGACUUUGACGCAAUCGCCCAACUUCCAGAACUCUCCGGAUUCACGUAAGGCCUUUUUUGAACGUCAAAAAGACGUGUGUUUUUUAAAAUCUCUCAACAAUGAAAACUUUGAAACAUCCUUAAAAAUUUCGUCUGUUUCAGUGGUGCCGAUCUGGCGGCGCUCAUCCACGAAUCCUCGCUUCUCGCCCUUCAAGCACGUGUUCUCGAGGUCCGUUUUUUUUCGAAACAAUCCCUUAAACUUCUUGUAAAUUCCAGAACGACGCGUCGAUCGUGGGCGUCGGAAUGCGUCAUUUCCGCGAGGCGGCCGCACGGAUCCGUCCGUCCGUCACCGAAAACGAUCGCAAAAAGUACGAGCACAUGAAGAAGGUCUAUGGACUCAAGGAAAACUAG